AUGAUCAAAUUUUUUAUGGCCAUUAGCCGGCAGUGUAAGGUACGGCUGGUGAAAUGGUUCAUACCAGUAGACAGCAAGGACAAGAGCGCUAUAAUGCGUGAGCUGUCACAUUUGGUUGUAAAUCGCAAUUCUAAACAAUGUAAUUUCAUUGAGUGGCGUGAUUAUAAGCUAGUAUUUCGUCGGUACGCAAGUCUCUAUUUCGUUCUCUGCGUGGACCCCGAUGCUAACGAACUAAUAAUGCUCGAGAUCAUCCAACACUAUGUAGAGCUGUUAGAUCGUUACUUCUGCAACGUCUGUGAAUUGGACAUGGUAUUCAACGUGAACAAGGCAUACUACUUGCUCGACGAGAUACUAAUGGAUGGUGAUAUUUACGAAAGCAGCAAGAAAGCAGUAUUGCGCAGUGUAGCUGCUCAGGAUGCAUUAUGCGAUAAAGCUAAGAGCAUUCUGUCUAAGGGAUCGUCUCAAUAG